AUGUCGUCCACCAAGCCCACGGGCCCCGAAAUCCAUACAGCCGUGAACCUGCUCAUCGACAAUUUGGUCAAUAUCAAAGAUGAGACCGGAAGAUUCCUGCUGCCACUUCCUGAUGGCCGCAUUAUCGAUACAAAGUCAUGGCAGGGUUGGGAAUGGACACAUGGCAUUGGGCUGUACGGCGUGUGGAAAUACUACGAACUGACCGGAGACGAGCGACUGUUGCGCAUCAUCGAGGACUGGUUUGCUGCGCGUUUUGCCGAAGGUGGCACCACCAAGAAUAUCAACACCAUGGCCGUCUUCCUGACUCUGGCAUACGUUUACGAGAAGACCGGUAAUGCCACAUAUCUGCCAUGGCUGGAUGCCUGGGCUGAGUGGGCGAUGCACGACCUCCCCCGAACGCGCUACGGGGGUAUGCAGCACGUCACCUAUAUCACGGAAAACCACCAGCAACUCUGGGAUGACACUCUGAUGAUGACUGUCAUGCCACUGGCUAAGAUUGGAAAGCUCCUCAAUCGACCCCAUUAUAUCGAGGAAGCAAAAAAGCAAUUCCUCACCCACAUCAAGUACCUUUUCGAUACAAGGACUGGUCUUUGGUUCCACGGAUGGACUUUUGAGGAUGGUGGACAUAAUUUUGCGGAUGCGCGAUGGGCUCGUGGAAACAGCUGGGUCACCAUCGUUAUCCCCGAAAUCAUCGAGUUGCUCGACCUUCAGCCCAAUGAUCCCAUUCGUCUCCACCUGAUUGAUACUCUCGAGGCGCAAUGUGAGGCCCUCGAACGUCUUCAAUCGUCAUCGGGCGCGUGGCACACACUUCUGGAUCAUCCUGAUUCGUACUUGGAAGCCUCUGCGACUGCUGGAUUUGCCUAUGGGAUCCUCAAAGCAGUUCGGAAACGCUAUAUCGGUGCCAAAUACCGCCCUGUUGCUGAAAGGGCCAUCACUGCGGUGAUGGGAUAUGUGGAUGAGAAGGGCGAAUUGCAGAAUACCAGCUUUGGCACGGGAAUGGGUGACUGUCUGGAGUUCUAUAAGAAGAUUCCCCUGACCUCGAUGCCUUAUGGCCAAGCCAUAGCUAUUAUGGCCUUGGGUGAAGCAUUGCGGGAUCUGCUAUGA